GUAUGGGCCGUUCUCCGCUGGAGUCCCACCUGAGUCCUGUAGGAGCCCGCAGCCUCAUCGGCACCUCCUGUAUGGGCCGUUCUCCGCUGGAGUCCCACCUGGCCCCGCAUCCGAGGACCAAGCGAUGUUCCUGCAACAGCUGGCUGGAUAAAGAAUGCAUUUACUUCUGUCACCUGGAUAUCAUCUGGGUCAACACACCUGGGCACACCGCUCCCUACGGCCUGGGCAGCCCGCCAAGGCGGCGCAAGAGAUCGCUCAGCAGGUGCGAGUGCUCGCGCUCGAGGGACCACGUCUGUGCCACCUUCUGCCAGGCAAAGCCUGGGUACCUUCAGAGUCUGAAGCUCCCAGAGAGCUCUGGAGCAUCAAUGAAGUCUCCGCAGAGCAAUGGCAUGAGGCCUUCCCAUCACGGCCUACUGAGAGCUCUCAGGGAUCUGGCUGUCUCCAGUCUGUGGUUCGGCAAGCACCAGCACCGUUCUCGGAGGAACGCACAGCCGACAGUUUUGCCUUGGAAGAAGAACAUCUGGAAAAAGAAGAGAUAA